UGACAACCAAAACGCGUCACUGCUACAAAAAAUAAAGAAAAGUAAAAUAAAAUAAAUAAAAGAAAAUAAAAAGUAAAAUAACACAUUUCCAACAUGAGCAAUAAACCAAUAAUUUGCUUUGAUAUAUCUAAAAAUGAGCGAUUUCAAAUAACGGAUAACUACAAGAUGCUGCAUCGCAAACUCAAGGCACACUGGACAGUGGAGCAAAGCGAUGUUGAGCUGAAUCAGGAGCGCUUAAUGCGCACCAAAAUCUUUGUAUUAGCCGGUCCCCAAGAUCGUUUCACCGAGGAUGAGUUCGAGGUUCUUAAGGAGUAUGUGGAUCAAUGGGGAGGCAGUUUGUUAGUGUUGUUGGGUGAGGGCGGCGAACAGGAGUUUAACACUAAUGUCAACUUCUUUCUGGAACAAUAUGGCAUCUAUAUAAACAACGACAACGUGGUGCGACCGCAUUACUAUAAGAAUUUCCAUCCCAAAGAAUGCAUUGUGGGUGGCGGCGUUGUCUGCGAAGCGAUGUGGCGUCACCUGCUCAAACUGGACAUUGAGAAGGUGGAUUAUGAUUUCAGCGAUGAGAAGUACAAGAUACAUUUUCAGUAUCCAUACGGUGCCACCUUAAAUGUCUCUGAGCCUGCAAAUGUGCUGUUGACAACGGGGCCGGUUGUCUAUCCCUUUAAUAGACCGCUGGCUGGUUACUAUAGCAAUGUGAAGGGUGGCAAGAUAUUGGCCUUGGGAUCGGGCUACAUUUGGCAUGACAAGUACCUGCAGGACAAGACUAAUGAUGCCAUGCUCGAGUAUGUGCUGCAGCUGCUGGGCUCAAGUGAAAUUAGCUACACCCAUCUGGACUUUAAUGAUGUGGAGUUAAAUGAUAAUAAACAUUUCACGGAUCUGGCUUUUCUCGCUGACAUGCCCAAGGCUUGCUUGGUGGACACAAUUGGCACCGAGAUGCCGGCGGAUUUCAAGCAAAUGUUCGACAUGUCUCUGUGUUCGCUCAGCAAUCGUUUGCUCAAGGAUGUCAUCGAUACCUACGAGCAGUUGCAUGUGAAUUACGAACCACUGAAGAUUAUCAAACCACAAUUCGAGAUCCCAUUGCCACCGCUGCAAUUGGCUACCUUUCCACCCAUUUUCAGUGAGCCACCCGCUCCACCGCUGGAGCUCUACGAUCUGGACGAGACCUUCAGUCCGGCUCGCUCGCAGCUGGCGCAUUUGACGGGUCAAUGUCUGCAGGCGAUGCAGUCCAAGGAGCCGGCGAGACGUGGCUUGAAUCUCCGCGAGCUGGAGAACUAUGUGAAGGAGUGUGCGCGCAUUACGGCAAUUGUCAGGGAUCAGCAAGAUCUGCCAGCUCGCGAAAUACUCAAUAUUGUGGCGCGUCAGAUAACCAGCUACAAGCCCUAUGCCGAGGACUAGACAACAGCUGAUCCAAUUACCAGCCAGCGCGGCGCAUUCCAAGUUUUCAAUUCACUAUUUCUGCAAACCUUCACACUAGGUACAUUCCAUUUGUAGAGCAGUUUGUUGCGCCUCUAAUGGAUAAAGAACUCGAUUCUUCUGCCAUGAAUGUUUGAUUUGUCAUUUAAUAUGCAUCUGGAUUCAAUCUGCCUAUAGUAAUCUUGAUACAAGGAAACUUUGUA